AUUUUCACAGGCAAAUAUCAUUGGGCGCAAAUGUAUUGCCUACAUACAUACAUAAAAGAUAUACAUAGGUACAUGUGGAUAUGCUGCAUUUACAUGGAUUCGCAUAUAUCGAAACGUCUUGUGGAAUAGAAAGUCAAAAGCAAUGAUGACAGCAACAAUGCGCUUUAGAAGAACAACACCUAAAUACAUACACACAUGCGUGUAUAAACAAAAAAAAUUAAGUACGAGUGAAAACCAUCAAACUGAACGCGUCUGCGCAAUCCACAGUACUCAUCCGCACACUUGCAUACGCAGCACACAUACACUUGCACACACAUGUGUAGGCGCAUCACACCAACGCUUAUCGCAGAUGCGACGACAACGUUUACCAACAACCAAAGCCGAUAUCAGCAGCGGUGGCGGCGACGACGACUGUCGAGCGAUAAGAUAAGGAACUCACACAUGCACACCAACUCUCCUGGAGUGGUCGCAAAUAAAUCAUAAUUCACACAUUCAUACAGCGCACACACUCACAGUUAUGGCACCCACCCAACCAUACAUACAGAAGUGUGCGGUUUACCAGAGUAAUACGCGGUUUCCCGCUACUCAACCGCACUUCCAGCGCGCCCUGGCAACAUGUCCGGCGGUUCUUGGAGAUGGAAGCACAGACGCAGCAACAAUUGCAACAACAGCAGGUGCUUGUCAAACAACAGCAACAACAACAACAAGUGCAGCAACAACAUUUGUUGGUGAAUAUCAAAACGGAAGUGAAUAGCGGAGAACCUCAAGUGCCCGCUGCGGCGACCCCAACACUGCAGCAACAACAAACGGGAGCAUCGGCUGUUGAGGACCAACAGCAAGUUGCGCAGGACUUACACCAUACACAAUCCGCGCAACAAACACAACAACAGCAAGCAUCACAGCAACAACAGCAAAUUUCUAGUCAACCAAAGUCGCAUACCCCAAAUCAACAGCAAGAGCAACAACAACAACAACAGCAACAGGCACAACAGCCAGCCACAUCAGUGGCCACAUCGGUUGCGUCCAUCGUCGGUGCUCAGUCGCGCUCCAGUGAGGAUUACAGCAUAUCUUUGCCGCGCAGCACCCAACAUCGACGGAUAUUGACUACAGCUGGUACAUUCGAGGUCAGCGAUAAUCGCGAGGGUGACCAGCCAGACUCUCAGCCGGAAUAUCAUCACCAUCAGUCACCCGCCGAUUAUGUGGUGAUGGCACCGCGCAAUGAAGAUCAUCCACCACCAGGCACCGCCGUCUACACUUACACUACCACCGAAAAUGGCCAACAAAUUAUUUGCACUGAAACUGGCGCAGCCAUCAAGCUCGAGGAUACCGAAAAAGAUCAGCAAGCAAGCGCGGAGGCACAACAACACCACCAACAACAGCUGCAGCAGCAUCAGCAACUAUGUGCGCCACCCGGCAGCGGUUACGGCGAUACGAUUGUUGUAUCCGCCGCAGCAUUGCAUCAACACCAGAAUUCACAUGGUGUCAUCAAUGCGUCAGCGCAUGGCGGACAUCCGGGCGCAGCAUUGCGCUUCGAUCCGGAUGGCCGAUACAGCAGCGUCCUCCAAGACAACGGCAAUGGACAAACGAUUUACUAUGAUGCCACAGUAGUGGAUGCUGCCGGGCAUCCCAGCGAAGCAAAAACGUUUACCGAUUUGGGUAAUUCAGAGUACUAUGCGGGUCCUCCGUCGUACGCACUGCCACCACCCAAUAAUUCCAUUUAUAGUGUACCGGGUCCAACACAGCUGAUAUGCAAAUCGGAUCCGAAUCUAGGCGCUAUACGCCAAACUGGGCAAUUUCAGUCCUUGAUUGAGCCGAGCAUGCAAGAGCAGUCGAUUUGGGCGCCGUCAAAUGUGGAAUUCUCUGGUUAUAAUACCUAUCAUCAUCAGGUAGUUGAUGACUAUGGCGCAGGCAAUAUGACUGCGACGCAUUGGCCAGGCGCGGGCCCAAUCACCGCUUACGAAACACCCCUAGCGCCAACCAUCUAUGAGUCGCCCAAAUGUGAGAACUGUGGCGCGCACUAUAUACGCAAAGGUAAUGACUUCUACUGUCCCAGUGGCUGCAAUCAAUUGCGAUCGACGCAUGUGCGCAUACCAGCGCGUCAGGCCAAGCCGAAAGCGCCCGCCAACGCCAACAACCGACGCACCGGCGUCACCUGCGCCAACUGCAACACCAACACGACGACACUGUGGCGACGCAACAACGACGGCAAUCCCGUGUGCAAUGCCUGUGGUCUGUACUUCAAGCUGCACAACACCAACCGCCCGCAAUCGAUGAAAAAGGAUGGCAUACAGAAGCGCAAACGCAAGCCAAAGAAUAAUGGCGGCAUGACGACUAUGAAACCAUUGCCUUCGCUUCCAGGCAUGCCACAGAACGUGACACUCAUGACACCCAACGGCACGAUCUAUCCCUCGCAAGUGCCAGCUUUAAGUUUGUCCAUGAAUGGCGGCGGUGGUGGCGGUGGUAUUGGUGGCGGUCCGCAGUCUGUUUCGGGUGAACUACAUGACAUGUCCGUGAGCGGUAGUGGCUCAGCUGGCGCCGGCGCUGGCUUAAUAUCGACCGGAGGUGUGGGUAGCACUGUGGUGGUUGCUAGUGGCGCGAGCAGCUCCGUCACCGGAACGGGACCGCGCAGCGUAUCGAUCGUGCACCAUGUGACCGGCGACAGUCAGUCACCCUACCACAACCCACCAUCACAAAGUCAAUCGCCACAUUUAUCCAAUCCCUCACCAUUGAAUCGACAGCCAAUUGCUCAGAGUGUCCAAUCGCUUGAAGCCACACGACCAGCUAACGGCGAAAUACCAACUAGCGUUAUAACGCGCACUGGACUACCAGAACGCUCCUCGAAUAAUUGAGUGGCCUUACGUCAUUCAUAGAACCCACUCCAACGCAUCAACUUUCCUUCGAAAUGAAUUUGGCAGCUUGAGUCAUGAAUUGCUUGUGUUUGUAAAAAUAUUGCUUACUACUUUACGAUAAAAAAUUAGCAUAACGUAAUAACGAAAUAGUAAUUUUCUUCAAUUUGCUUGCCUUUAGCUUUAAAAAAAUAAUUAGUAUAACUUAGUGCCAAAAAUAGUGUUGUCCACAAGUACUAGAGAAUUUGUGCAAUACAGUUAGAGUUAGACAGAAUAAGCUAUACUUACGUGCUACUUAUGGAAUUAUGAUUACUUAUUUAAAAUCGUUUUGUAAAUGACUUGUAAUUAAUUAUGUA